AUAUAAAAGCAAAGCCGUAGUGAGGGUGCGUUUCAGAAUCACGAGGGCGACGUUUAGUUUAGUUUGUUCCGUUUGUGCUGUCUUUUCUCUAUUCCUCUGUCUCCGCUAUUUUCUUCUUCUCUUUAAUAAAAAAAAAAAAUAAUACAAAAUAAAACCCGAUGUGCAUGUGCGUGUGUGAAUCAAUCGAAAUAAAUACCGAAAAUAAUAAUCGAAAUAUCAAAAUGAAGUGACUGUUGAAAUUAUUAACGAAACAAAAAAAAAAACAUAGAAAAGUACGCGAAAUGCCGCGUUGUCUUAUGGCCAAAAAAUUUAAGGCCUAUACGUGGCCUACCGAAAGAUCGGAUUCUCCGGAAGAAGAAGAUGAAGAAAUUGAUGUUGUCGGGGAUUCGCCAGCCACGGCAACGGCGACUUCUUGUUGGGGGCCGUCGAGUCCUACCGAAGGGGCCACCGCUCCCAGUCCACCACCCACCUCACCACACGGGACUACUCUACUCUAUAAUAGUUAUCUACACGAAAUUUCACCUUCAAACUAUACGACUUUAGUAUCAAACACGGAAUCGUCUGAUCAACCCAAAGGAACUUACAUAACAUUGAAAGGUGCCGACGAAUCUACUGAAAUACGGUAUGAAUCUAACCACGUUCCUAACAGACAUAAAAAAUCGCUAUCCAUGACAUAUACUAGUACAGGAACGGCGUUAAGUUUACCGCCAAAGAAAAAAGAUAUAUACAGACCAUAUUCUUUAGAAGACAAACCUUCGCCACCGUUUUUUCAUCAUACUAUUAGAGUACCAGCUGAAGAAGAUCUCCACGCCGCUCACGCUAUACUAGACUUGAGCGCAUCCACGACUGUUUUCCUACCACCUCCACCACCUCAAAUACAAAUACAAGAACAGUAUCAUCCCCUCGAUUUACCGCAAGAAAUUCAAGAAACUCACUCAUUGAAUGGCGCCGCAAGUCCUGGUCUCAAAUCUACUAAAACCGUCGCUUACACUUACGAAGCCUUUUUCGUAAGUGACGGUAGAUCUAAGAAGAGACACGAUACCGAAGAUCCUAACAUGACAAUUAACACGGUAAAAUUAUCGGAGAAACCUAAAUACACCUGCAGCGAAUGCGGCAAGCAAUACGCCACGUCGAGCAAUCUCUCGAGACACAAACAAACCCACAGAAGUCUAGAUUCUCAGGCUGCCAAAAAAUGUAUAACCUGCGGUAAAGCUUACGUAAGCAUGCCCGCAUUAGCUAUGCACGUUCUCACGCAUAAAUUGGCGCAUCGAUGCGGCGUAUGCGGUAAACAAUUCUCGAGACCUUGGCUACUCCAAGGUCAUUUGAGAUCGCACACCGGCGAAAAACCGUACGGUUGCGCGCAUUGCGGUAAAGCUUUCGCAGAUAGAUCGAAUUUGAGAGCGCACAUGCAAACCCAUUCGGCGGAUAAAAAUUUCGAAUGUCCGAGAUGUCAUAAGACGUUCGCUUUGAAAUCUUAUCUUAAUAAACAUUUGGAAUCGGCGUGUCUUAAAGAAGAAGUUGUUAAUUGUAAAGAUGAACAGAAUACUAAAGAAAUUAAUGUUGCGACGCCUAUGCCGGUUCGUGUAUAUGCUGGUUGAUUUUCUUGAGCGGUAUUGAAAAUCUAUUCAAUUUGGCAACUAAUCUAGUGGAAAGUAGCAUUUUUCGGAAUAUAAUUUAUUUAUUAUAGACUAAUAUGGUGGAUUUAAAUUCCACUGGCGAUAAUUUUGUAGAAAAAGUUGAAAUUUUGCAGUGAAAACAUUCGAUUUCUCAGUUUAUUCAAGGUGAAAAUCGAUUAUUAGAUUAAAGUUUCCAUUGAGAAUAUAAAAAAAAAA